AUGGACCGAGCCCACAGCGCAGCCCUGCAGCUGCACCAGCUGCCGCCCACAAGCAGCGCCGACCCGCUCAGCGAGCUUUCCUUCUCCUACAAGGAAAACUUGAUCGGCGCCCUUUUGGCAAUUUUUGGGCACCUUGUGGUCAGCAUUGCGCUUAACCUACAGAAGUACUGCCACAUCCGCCUGGCAGGAUCCAAGGACCCUCGGGCCUACUUCAAGACCAAAACAUGGUGGCUGGGCCUGUUCCUGAUGCUGCUGGGUGAGCUGGGCGUGUUUGCCUCCUACGCCUUCGCUCCACUGUCACUGAUUGUGCCCCUGGGCGCAGUCUCCGUGAUAGCUAGUGCCAUCAUAGGAAUCAUAUUCAUCAAAGAAAAAUGGAAACCUAAAGACUUUCUGAGGCGCUACGUCUUGUCCUUCGUUGGCUGUGGUCUGGCCAUCGUGGGCACCUACUUGCUGGUGACAUUCGCACCUAACAGUCAUGAGAAGAUGACGGGCGAGAACAUCACCAGGCACCUCGUGAGCUGGCCUUUCCUCUUGUACAUGCUUGUGGAGAUCAUCCUGUUCUGCCUGCUGCUGUACUUCUACAAGGAGAAGAAUGCCAACAACAUCAUCGUGAUUCUUCUCCUGGUGGCAUUACUCGGCUCCAUGACGGCGGUGACCGUGAAGGCCGUGGCUGGGAUGCUUGUCUUGUCCACACAGGGGAGCCUGCAGCUCGACUACCCCAUCUUCUAUGUGAUGUUCGUGUGCAUGGUGGCCACCGCUGUCUACCAGGCCGCGUUUUUAAGUCAAGCCACACAGAUGUACGACUCCUCUUUGAUCGCCAGCGUGGGCUACAUUCUGUCCACUACCAUUGCCAUCACAGCAGGAGCAGUGUUUUACCUGGACUUCAUUGGGGAGGACGCGCUGCACAUCUGCAUGUUUGCACUGGGGUGCCUCAUUGCAUUCUUGGGCGUCUUCUUAAUCACACGUAACCGGAAGAAGGCCAUUCCAUUUGAGCCCUAUAUUUCCAUGGAUGCCAUGCCAGGUAUGCAAAACAUGCAUGACAAAGGAAUGACAGUUCAGCCUGACCUCAAAGCUUCUUUUUCCUAUGGGGCCCUGGAAAACAACGACAACGUUUCUGAGAUCUACACUCCUGCCACACUGCCAGUCAUGCAAGAGGAACACAGCUCCGGGGGUGCCUCUGGGGUUCCCUACCGAGUCCUGGAACACACCAAGAAGGAAUGAGCCCACCUUGAGGGAGACUCUCCUUCCCUCCAUUUAUAACUGCUCUCAAGC